CCCAAGGAGGCUCCGCACUAGGGUCCGAAAUGUCUGAAGCUAAUCGCCAUGCGAAUGCCCAUGGCAAGAAGAAGCAUAAGAAGGGGAAGAGCAAGAAGUCGCGCUCUGUAGCCACCACCGAGCUUGAGUCCCGACUCUCUGAUGAAGAGGUCGACCCACAUGUUGACGAUGCCAUACGUGCGUAUCGUCAUGAAAAACCGGCGAGAGUAGGAGGUAUCAACAAAGACCCCGACGGAAGUGCUUUCGAUGGCUCCAAUGCCGACAACUCCACCGCUGCCUCCGAGCUUCUCUCGAAUAGGGAGCGCACUCCAACUAACACACCAACUAAAAUCCGGAAGGAGAAAAAAGACAAGCACGCGACUGGCUCAAGCGGCAUUCGAAAGGUCGUCAGCACAUCGAAUACCGGAUCGUCCUCCUUCUGGAACCGUGGUUUAACCUCUAACAGGAAGACGCCCGAUGAGGAGCAAGAACUCAUCCGAGCUGAAGCGCGCAGACUACAAGAAAAAGGCCGUUCUGUCCGCAGAGACUUCAGCUUCCGAGCUGGCGAUGACGCAUUUUCUGCUGUCACCCCUUCUAGUGUCGCUCCCUCUACUGUUAGUGGCGAGGACGAAGAGAGACGAGCGAGGAGAGAAGCUAGGAGAGAGGCCCGAGAAGCUCGAAGGGCGAGCCAGAGCCCGAAGAAGCUGCCGGGAACCUACCAGGAAGGGAGUGUGAUGGGAAGCGAUAUGAGCUCUGAUAUUGGCACGAAGACCUAUCAUCAUCCGAUCCCGGGACUCAGUAGCAGCAAUGGGGGCAGUGACUAUGCGGAGGAGAGACGAAAGAAGAGAAAUGGUGGGUAUAGGAGGGAGGUAUAAGAGGGAGGCUCUUUAAUAGUUUUUGUGAUUCGAGCGAGUGGAGAUUAUGAGAGAAGGGAAUACAGACGAAGAUUGCUUUUAAUGAGGCACACGAGAUGAUGGACGACUCGAUGGGAAUAUCGCGUUGCUUGUGAUUGUUGGUAGGAGUUAGGAACGAUU